CAUUUUUGAAAUAUCGUUGGUGCCACAUAGAUUUUGCUGAGAACUCAGGUGAAAAAAAGGAGUGUUAUUUCAGAAGUCUCAAAAAGUUAGAACAACAAUGACAAAAAUUACAAUCAUAAAUUGCAUCAUUGCUGUUUGUUUAAUAGAUGGAUUUGUAGCACGCCAAACAGAACUUUUAACAUCUGCGCCAUGCAUUAAUGUGUACAAUAAUAUUAAAGAAGCUAUCGAGCAAGUAAAAAACGUUUUCUAUACGUACAUUACAAACCAAACUAAUACGGCUGAAAAUGAAGAAUUUAUCAAUACAAUGAAUAAUCUGCUAACAAAUAUAACAAAGAACUUUGAUAAUAUUGUAAAUUGUAAUAUUCAAAAUCCUUUUCUAUGCAUCACUAAUGCUAAAGAAAUUGUUUCCCAAGUAACACAAAUGAUUAAUAUGAUAGAGAACAACGAAAUGAUCUCCAAUAUGACACAGUGUUUGGAAACAGUAACUCAACAAUUAAACCAAAUCGUCCAAAACGCAAAGCAAUGUAUCCAAAGUUUUAAUUUAAAUUAA